AUCUAAGAGAAUCCAUUCAAACAUAAUCAAUAGUGAUUAUCUCAAUGAACAAGGUAAAAAAACUACAACAACCCAACAGCAUCAAGAAAAGAGAGAACUAUAAAAGAUCAUUUUGCUUAUUGUCUCUGCAUGGGAUUUAGUCAAACAUGUUACAUGUAUUCAGCUUUCAUCUGGCAAAAGACAUGAAAAAAGCAUAAAGAUGUAAGAAUGAAUAAUAAACAAUUUCACACAAUAGAUUCCUUGCUUGUCUUUCAUAGGCAAACCAUACUUAAUUCAGUACCCUUAAAAACAUUUGUGAAACCUGCUUAUACCACCAACAGCAUCACAUAUGUGACACACUAGUGAGCGCCAAGAUGCGGAAAGGCACACACACUGAGAAAGAGAAGUAGCACAGGAAGUGACUGAGGUCUUGGUUAAGGCACAGAACGGUGAUGCUUUCUCAAAUGUUCUAACCUCUCUCAAACCAGCUGGGUGCUGUGCAGCAGACAUUUUCUGCUCCUUGUUCCUCUCAGGGUUCUGGUUGAUUACAGGAUCAGGCUGGAUAGAGGCCUGGGGUCCGGUCUGCUGAGGAGGAUUUCUUCCAGGAAACCUCACCAGCGUAACAACAGUCCCCGACCCCAAGAGGCCAAUGAAAUGGGGGGAAAUGGGGAUGACAGUGGGCCGGGGAGGCUGAGUCGCCGAUUGUCUCGCCUGGGCAGUCGGCAUCAGUCCAGGGAACAGAGACCCCCAGCUCAGCCAGACAUACCUCCUGCACCACCUGACAGGCCUGUGCAACAAGAUGCUCCACCAGCUCUUGCUCCACCUCCUGUUCAAGCACCAGCACCAGCACCAGCUCCUCUCCCCCCACGGAUGGAAACACCACCUAAACGCCCCGACAAAGCCACAAAACCCAAACUUCCUCCUCGGCCACUGUCCAGGGCGUUCAGCAGCACUGAACACGGAGCAGCUGUGUUGCAGGGCUUUGAUGCUUUUCGGGCUAGUGACGUUCUCUGUGAUGUCGUCUUGGUUCCUGGAGACAGUAAAGAAACUUUCCCAGUUCACAGAGUCAUCAUGGCUUCAUCCAGCGACUACUUCAAGGCAAUGUUCACAGGAGGCAUGAGGGAGCAGGAGAUGAGAGAGAUCAAGCUGCAUGGAGUCACUAAAUCAGGUUUAAAGAACAUCAUAGACUUCAUCUACACAUCCAAAGUCAACCUUGACAUGGGUAAUCUCCAGGACACACUAGAGGCUGCAAAUUUCUUACAGGUCAUGCCUGUUCUGAGCUUCUGCAAUCAGCUUCUGAGCAGUGAGAUCACUAUUGAUAACUGUGUGGAGGUGGAGCGUAUUGCCAUAGACUUGCUUCUGGAGGACGUUCAGCUAAAUAUAGCUCAGUUUGUGAGCCAGAACCUCUCAGAGUUGGUGCAGUCUGGUCGCUACCUUCAGCUCUCUGAGACCAGCAUCGCCAGCGCUCUAGGCAGCAACUCCCUGAACAAUAUCACUGAACUGGAGCUUUAUAACAUCGCCAGAGGAUGGUUGAACCACGACCCUCCCAACCGUCGUUCCUCUGUUUAUGCCUUGAUGCGUAAAAUUCGUUUCCCACUGAUGACCCCCAGUGAGCUGAUUCAGAUCUCCCAGGAUAACGAAGAGGGAGCCGACUCUCUGAUGCGCUCUGAGACAGCCUGUGUGAGUCUCCUGCUGGAGGCCAGCAACUACCAGAUGAUGCCUUUCAUGCAGCCCGCCCUACAGACUGAGCGGACACAGAUUCGCUCAGAUUCCACACACAUUCUGGCAUUGGGCGGGGUGAUGCGACAGCAGCUGGUGGUGAGCCGGGAGUUGAGGUUGUACGAUGAAAAGACCGGCUAUUGGAGAGCCCUGAAGCCCAUGGAGGCGCCACGCUACCAGCAUGGUGUGGCUCUACAGGGUGGCUUCCUCUUCAUUGUUGGAGGCCAGAGCACUUAUGACACCAAGGGUAAGACGGCCAUAGACAGCGCCUACCGUUACGACCCGCGCUUCGACAAGUGGCUUCAAAUUGCUUCACUCAACGAGAAGAGGACCUUCUUCCACCUCAGUGCUCUGAGGGGGAAGCUGUUUGCAGUCGGUGGAAGGAAUGCCUCAGGGGAGAUUGAUACGGUGGAGUGCUACAACCUGAAAAAAAAUGAGUGGACAUUUGCAGCCAACAUGGUGGAACCUCACUAUGGACAUGCUGGAACAGUUCAUGGUGACCUCAUGUAUGUUUCAGGCGGUAUUACCCGUGACACAUUCCAGAAAGAGCUUUGGUGUUACAAUCCUGACACUGACGCAUGGAGUCGGCGGGCUGACAUGACGGAGCUCCGCGGUCUGCACUGCAUGUGCACUGUAGGAGACAAACUCUUCGUCAUGGGCGGUAAUCACUUCAGAGGCAGCAGCGACUAUGACGACGUCCUGGGCUGUGAAUACUACAGCCCCGAGACGGACCAGUGGACUGUGGUGGCACCCAUGCCACGAGGCCAGAGUGACGUUGGCGUGACGGUGUUUAACGGGCAGAUCUAUGUGGUGGGGGGUUAUUCCUGGAACAGCAGGUGCAUGGUAGAUGUUGUGCAACGCUAUGAUCCAGAGCAGGAUGUGUGGGACAGGGUCUUCAAUGUCUUAGAGCCUUUGGGAGGGAUACGUGCCUGUACAAUGACAGUUCAUCUGCCAGAGGGGUCAGUGGAUGAGGCUCAGUUACAGGAGUGUCCGCUGCCUACGGCUAAGAGCUGAUCUGACAGUAAGCAGGGGUUUCCGACUUCCACCACAGUCUGACCAGAAUUGUCGAAACGAAAGUAAACUGCAUGCUCUGUCAAGAAGAAGGCAAAACAGGAAAUAGUGUGGGUUUCAAGCAUAAGCGGCAGGUGUAAGUAUGGCUAGCUAGCUCUCAUUAGUGUUCUACAGUAAAAAAAACAAAAAAAACACCUUUCUGUCAAAUCCUACUUCUUUAGUGUAAUUUCCUGUCCUCGCAUUUACUAUCUGCCAUGCAGCAUCCAUUCUGCUCUGCUUAGUAGGUACAGGUGCACAGACAGUGUGCAAGACUGUUCUAAGUGACCUUUAUCAUGGUUAGCUCACACAACAAGUUUCCAUCAUGUGUGUCUCGUGUCUCUGGGGAGUUUUAACUGACUGAAGGCCUGUAUGAUGUUUUUCAGUAUUAAACUAUUAAAACAUAUAAGAAAGCCAUGUAUUAGGUUGUGGCUUUUGUUUGUCUUAGAUUUUGUUUAACAGAAAUCAAAAGAAACAAUAACGCCAACUGUAUCCCUUACAGGUGCAUUAAGAUAGCAGUGACCUGUUUUUUGGACUGCAGUGCCUUGCUUCCAUGUUCAGUAAUAAUGUGUAAACGAAGAAAAUGUUGAGCUGUUACUGUUUCAUUCAUACCAUCUUAUCUGUAAGUAAAAGGAGACAUACACUGUCCAAUGAGAAGACUUUAAUAGAUGUACCAUAUUUCCAGAAUGCAGCUAUUCAGCUACUUCCAUAGCAGCAAAAUUGAUGGAUUAAUGUUGGAUUUGUUAAGUUUUGUAUAUUUAUAUCACUAUGCUGUAUUUUAAGGUACAA